AGAGAUAUAGUAUCGCUGCUUUGAACGCUCUAAGCAGAUCAAAAACCAGGUGAUUAUUUUGUCUUGCGCCGAAUAAAACAAAUCCGUAUAUUUAAGCAGUAUGGACGAAAUGCCCGCUAGCGCUGACGCUCAUAAUUUACCUGUUAACAGCUUUCAGGCGGAUGAUUUAUUGGAAAAACUUAAAUUACUAAACUAUGAGAAGAAUUUAUUAAGUGAACUUAAAAUGAAGCCACUUUCAAGAUUUUAUUUCCUAAAAUCAACAAAUCCUGGAGAGCAAUUUUAUAUGUUUACAUUAAUUGCUUGGUGGCUUUUAGAAAAGUUGGGCAAGCAGACAAUGUCUAAACCGCAGGAAUCUGACGAUCCCAAUGAAGUCAUAGCUAAAAUUGUGCUUUUGCUGCAGGAAAUGGAUGUCCCAGUGGAAUUCACUCCUAAUAAAUUGAUACGAGGUGCUGGGGCUAGUUGCAUUUUUGUUUUGGACACUUUAGCUACGCAAGUAUUAAAAGUGAUAAAAUUCACCUGCCAAAAGCCCCAUAUAACUCAGGAGGAAGAUAUUAUUAACGAUUAUAUGGAGGAUAACGCAGAGAUUAUUUUGGAGAAGAUUGAGGACGAACAAAAUGGGAUUAUGAGUGACGAUAGCGGUGAAUUCGAUGUAAAUGGUUACAAUUUUAGGCAAUGGCAAAACCAGACAAUUCGUUCCACUGAUAAAAAUUUAAACAGUCUGGAGAUAUCUGAUAAGCUUACCGAUCAGCAAUUUUGGCGUUUAGAAUUUGAGCAGGUUCUGCCGCAGCUCAAAGUCUUUGUAAAAAGCGAUAUCAGAGAUUGGAGAGCACAUCUUGCUCAAAUGGAAUCCUUCAAAAAGAAUAUAGAUGAGAUUACGGAAGAUACGCAAUUGGAAUUGAAAAAGCUAUACAAUGAGUUCACUUAUAUCUUAGAAAAGGUCGAGUCGAGAGAGAAACACUUGAAUAACGAACUACAAAAGCUUAUACAACAAUACAAAGAGAUCUCCAUUGAAUUGUCUCACGUACAACAUGGCCACACUCAGAUACUGGCACAAACUGAACAAUCCGUAGAGCAAUUGAAAGCUGUAAUAGCUGAGAAUGACAAUAAGAAAACUGAAAUGGAAAGACGGGGACAAAUGAUGUCGGAUAGCAGUUUCGUGAUACAGAUUAAGAAAGCUGUAGCUAAACUUAAAGACGACGUAGCUCAUCUGAAUUUGGAAGUUGCGUUACUCGUUAGCGGUAUCGAUCGUGAGAUAGUGCGAAAAAUAACGAAUACGAUCGAAACGACCAGAGAUUAUUAACUUAAAAAGUCAACCUGAAGAUAUCUUAAAUAUUGUCAUUUGAUUUUAAUACACAUUCUAUGCUACAUAUUUCUGCAUCUUAUGUCUAUCGGUGGACCAUAAUGUUACUCAACAAUUUAACUAAUAACUUCAAAGCAAUCAGUCAGCCGUCAGUCGUUCGUUGGUGGUCCGUGGUGUACGUUUCAAUAAUAAACUAAAUAAU